GACUGCCUAGUUCUCAUUUGCUUAGAGGUCUCCCGGCUAUAAACUGCUAAACACAACUGAUAGAAGCCUAAACAAAAUGAGUUGUUUGUUGUGCCCCCUCCUUUUUUGGCCGGCUUUAAUCGGCACAGCUGUGUAUUUUCUGAGAAAAUACAUGCAGGGCGGAACGUUCACCAAGCAAACAGAUGAAACAGGCAAAGUAUUUAUCGUCACGGGAGCCAACACGGGAAUUGGCAAGGAGACAGUCCUGGAGAUUGCCAAGCGCGGAGGAACCGUCUAUAUGGCCUGCAGGGACAUGAACCGAUGUGAAAAGGCCCGCCAGGAUAUCGUCAGGGAGUCAAACAAUACCAACAUAUUUGCUCGCGAACUGGACUUGAGUUCGCUGGACUCCAUUCGAAAAUUCGCUGCUGGUUUCAAAAAAGAGCAGGACAAGCUCCAUGUGCUAAUCAACAAUGCAGGAGUUAUGCAUUGCAAAAAAUCUUUGACCAAGGACGGUUUCGAAAUGCAGUUGGGUGUAAAUCAUAUGGGACAUUUCCUGCUUACGCACUUGUUGCUGGACGUUUUGAAGAAAACUGCACCCAGUCGCAUCGUAAAUGUUUCCAGUCUGGCACAUACACAGGGCACCAUUAAUACUGGAGAUUUGAACAGUGAAAAGUCGUACAGUAGGAUCGAUGCCUACAGCCAAAGCAAGUUGGCCAACGUUCUAUUCACAAGGGAAUUGGCCAAACGCUUGGAGGGAACUGGAGUCACAGUCAAUUCCCUUCAUCCUGGUGCUGUGAACACUGAGCUUCAGAGGAAUUGGGAGUUUUUGGAUUAUGCCUUCGUCCAGCUUUUGCUCAAUCCUCUGCAAUGGGUAUUCUUCAAGACAGCAAAGAACGGAGCGCAGACUACUCUAUACGCUGCUUUGGAUCCUGAGUUGAAGGAGGUAUCUGGACUCUACUUCAGCGACUGCAAGCCAAAGGAUGUGGCACCUGCUGCCAAGGACGACAAAACCGCAAAGUUUCUGUGGGCAGAGAGCGAGAAGUGGACAGGCGUCAAUACUUCCAAAGUAGACUAAAAAUUAUACCUCUUCCUUCAACCUCCAUUUUAUUAUUUAUUAUUUUUAUGAUUAGUAAACAAAAAAUUACAAGAUACGUUAUACUGAAUUAAAGGAUUGAUUUUUAAUGAA